GAGGCUCUUAGGCUUUUUAAUAGCCAUUUGGCGACUGCAUCACGAGGGCUGACACAAUCAUCUCAGAUCACUUCCCAAGGAGCCGCACCAACCUCGAUUUCCAUCCAACUGCAAGCGCAAAACCAACCUCAGAACAUUCAACAACUUCAGAUGCAACAAUCUACAUCUCAACAACAACCACAGUCCCAGCCGCGUUCUGGAUUGGCUCCUGUUAUUUCACCAUCCCAGAUUCCAGUCACCUCAGUUUCAGCUGGUCUUGGCUUGAUUUCUUCCGGACUUACCUCAUCUUCUGGUGUUCAUUGUACUGUGGCUGUGUCAGGCUCAAGUUCCGCGCCUGGCAUUUUUCAUAUAUCAUCUGGACAGCAAGCUGGACUAUCAUCCGAACUAAAUCUGCCCACUGGCCUCCUCAUUGCUCCAUCUCGCAUGGCAGCGUCCGGAACGUCUAGUGCGAUAAAUGUCACCAGUCCGGUCAUCAGCGUAAUGGCACCAUCUGCAACAGCUUCGGCUGCGAUUUCCACCACCACCAGUGCUGCUUCUCGGGGUUCUUCAUCUUCUAUGCUGUUAAUGCCAGCACAACCAGCCCCCAUAACUUCUAGUUGUCAGCCCAGUGUAGUUUCAUUACAGUUGCAACAGCAGCAAUUGCAACAGCAGCAAUUGCAACAGCAGCAAUUGCAACAGUUUUUGCUCUCUCAACUCUCUCAGACACCUUGCUUUGCUCAAUCACAACUCGCUAAUUCCCAUUUGCAGAGUUCUUUUUCCAACGUUGCGCCAGCCUCUCUCACGGGUACGCUUCUUUCGCAACUGAAGCAGCAACAGCAAUCCUCGAUAUCUCAUCCAGCUCAUCACCAGCAGCAACAAACUCAGCCACAAUUGCUUACUCUACAGUCAGAUCAACAGACACAACAGGCGCAGCAAGCUUUUAUGCUCCUUCAAAACCCAACGCAAAAUCUUGUUACUUCUGGUUUGAACUAUCCAUCUAUACAGCAGAGCCCUUUCUCCGCUCAGGACUCGAACACUCUGCUUCAGGCUCAUUUGGCCACUGCGGCUGGCCUCCUCACUGCCAGUUUGGCCUCAAAUCAGAAUCCUGCCUGCCAUUUACUGAAUGCUGCCUCGCCUGACUACCUAGCUAAUUGCGGGUUGACUAGGAUUUCGAACCUUCAGCCUCAGCAACAGCAAUUUCAAACUUAUGUCACGCCAGGAGUGGGACAAGCUAAUAUCUUUCCUUUGGCAUACGCACACAAUUCUUCUGGCCAUCCUGUCAUAGCAGGAGAGGGUCCUGUUUCGUUGUCCACGUCAGCUCCCGUUGCGGGAAACUCUACUACAACUGGGCCUGCUUCAAUACCUAGCAAUAACAUAUCAAACCUGACUUCGAUAACUGGCACUGCCACUACAUUUCAGGAUUCGUUGGCAAUUGCUGCGGCUGCAGCUGCAGCUGCAUCAUCAUCUGGCCCACAGGCUUCACAAUCCAUUCACCUUACUCAACGAAUUCAGACCACUCAGCAACCACCACCUCCCGCCAUUGAGCUUCAACAGACAUCAUCAAUCGCCACUACACCACAGCAGCAAUUCGGUUCUGCCACAAUCCUUCUACCUGGCAAUAGUGCUAGCGUCACUGCCGUUAAUGCUGCCGCUGCAGCAGCAGCGGCGGCCUACGUACAGUCUUUAGCAGCUUUAAACCGCAGACUUUCACUUAACCAGUUCGCGGCUCCAACCUCUUUAUCUUUGACUGCACCUCCAGGAGUGAACACCGCUGGAAAAGCUUUUCCACUCAGUAAAUCUAUUUAUUUUAUUAUGGUUUCAAUUCGUAUCCUUAUUGGAUCUGUUAUUUGA